GGAUUGGGCGAGGUAAUGGAAGAUCAGACAAUCGUCGAAACUGAGCAUGAGAUUGUUGAGCAAUCACAGCAAACAACUACCAUUGAUAGUAAAAAAGAGUCAAAGAUCUGUCCGUUAUCCUCUCCAUCAUCAUCCUCACAGUCAUCUCCAUCAUCAUCACAAAACUUGAUUCCCAAGUUGGAUGACAUAGUAUCGACAUUCAAAGUGAAUCACGAAACGUACCUGUCAUUUGCGGCACGUGUAAAAGUACCUUCCGGAUGGUGUUGGUCAUUUUGCAAAAUGGAAAAAGUGAUCUAUAUUACAAAUUAUCGAUCGAUCGUAGCAGAUGGAUCAAUCUUGAUCAGGACGGUCAGGAUCAAAGAAGAUCAGUCGCUGUCGUAUCAUUUCCACGGAAAUCUUGUAUCGCCGAUCGGAUUAUCACACAAUUUCUCUUCGAACAUCUCGCGCAAUUGGUUACAGUGUUCUCUGACACAAGUCCUUGUGGAACCAUUACUCAGUGUUCGUUGAUAGAUUUGGCGAAUUCCCCGUCGUCGCGAUUGCCAUAUAGACUAAACAAACACGGCCAUGUGGUAUCGUUGAAUUGUCAGCUUGUAGCGCACAAGGGUCGGCAGUGUGUCAAAUGUCGCAACUUACGAGAUAACUUGAUGAAACGCAAGAGAUCAUCCGACAUACGAG